UAGAAUGUAUAGCGAGCAACGCAGGUAGAUAAUAGCCUAUAAUUACAGUUAUGAGUAUCCAACAAACACUGAGUGAUAAGUCUAUAGAAGAGCACCGAACGGUUUCUAACACUCACGAUAAUUCAACCGAGGAAAACAUUCAGUUUGAGAGUUCACUUCGUAUUCAGGGCUCUCCAGUUUCCGGCUUCGUGAACCAACUGCACUCAAUAUGGGCCUCAGUGCGUAGGCUUAGGCCAAGAAUUACUAAAUCUACAGAUGAUGAUCAGGCCAGUGCUCAGCGGACAGUGGCUAUCACGCCACUUAUUAAUUGGACGCGACUUUGUGCACUCUACCGGAAAGAUUAUAUCAUAUGUAAAUGGAAACGGAAUUUUUGGAAAUCAGCGUUCGAGCUACUUAUUCCUAUCGUAUUUCUGGUAUAUGUGGCCUUUCUCCGUGGACAUGAACGACAGCUAGGAGGCAAAUGGAAAGAUCCCGAGACCUACCCCUAUGUGCAUCUUAACUCGUCGAUUGAUUUUAAAGCAAAUGCAUCUAAAAUACUUUAUGCGCCAAUAACAAACUAUACAAACACGGUAGUGCCGAAUGCUUUCAACAACUCGGAAAGCUGCCCAGUGUUUAUGGGCUUCAAGAAAAUUAGCGAGCUGGUAAAUUACCUCGAGAACCAAAACCCCACCGAUGUCGCGCUUGCACUUAUUUUUGAGUCGGAUACAGCACUCGGUUCACAACCUGGCAUCCUUAAUUAUACCUUGCGUUUCAACGGCACGAGAUACUCCUUUCAUACCUCGGAAUUCUUCUCGAUAUCGCCUGAGCCCAGAACUAAGAGAGUCUCGACCGAGGAAUACAGCAUCUUAUGGCCUAGUAUGAAUGUACUUUUUGAAAACCAUUUGAAGUUCCAUGGGUUGCGGCCAUACAGAACUGCUUUGAAGCCAAGCCCGAAAAUUAAGUUCUUUCCCACUCCGAGACGUUUCGUUCCAUCAGGCAGCGUCGAGCCUACCACUUUGGUGCCUUCUAUACUUUCGGUAGUAUGCUUCGUUCCUAAGUUGUUUUUUGCUGUUGAAAUAAUACGAGACAAAAAAAGCCAUAUGAAGGAUCUUUUAUACAUGAUGUGCUUACCACAAUUCGUAUAUUGGCUCAAUAUUUUCCUCGUUGGGUUUUCUACAUUGGCUAUACUUAUGUGUACAGCCUGGGUAUUCUUUUGCUACCCUAUUUUCGGUUCACACAUGUACGCGUCGUCAGAUCCGUCGCUUAUUCUCACGAUCUUCAUCCUGUUUGCCGCUGCCGAAGUUUUGCAAAUUCUUCUGAUUACCGUUAUUUUCAACUCAACGGUAUUUGGAGGCGUCGCUGUCGUUGGUGUUUUCUAUCUAUCGCUGUUUUCUGCUGUGGAGUACACCAGAGAAGAAGACUAUAUUGAGGUGUCCGCGGCAAUAAAGCUGGCUUCAGCACUUCUUCCUGUUAAUGGGCUACAAGUUAUCGGAAACAUUAUUACUAAUCGAGAACUUUCGAAUGUUGGCGUUCGAUGGACAAAUAUAGCCGUGCUGGAGCGGCCGCCGGACAACGUUUCACUGUUAGCUAUGUUAAUGGCAGUGCUGUUCUCCUGCGUAAUGUACUCCUUUUUGAUUUUCUAUUUGAAUGCAAUUAUUCCAUGGCAGUCAGGAACACCUAAGCACCUGUUUUUUCUAUGCCAAUCAGCAUCCAGCUCUUCUACACAAAAUUUCGAAAUAAACUUAUCAGGCUCAACUAGCAACCGGGCCUCAAUGGAUCCCGGUGACCCUUCAAACCUUAUCGAAAAGGUAACCCCAGGUACGGCCUCUCCAAUCAUUAAAAUGUGUAAUGUCACUCAUCAGUUCGGUAAUAAGAAGGUUCUUGAUCACCUAUCGCUCGAGUUGUAUCGAAAUCAAGUCACAGUACUUCUCGGUCAUAAUGGCGCCGGUAAGACCACAUUGAUGGGCAUUCUAACCGGGCUCUUUCCGCCGACGUCUGGUAGUGUACAUAUCAACGGGUUUGACGUACAGAAGAAUCCUAUGGACGCAAGGCGAGGUAUUGGCGUGUGUCCGCAGAUGAAUGCCCUCUUUGAUGAUCUGACGGUGAAGGAACAUCUUGAGUUCUUCUAUGAAAUCAAAGGUGGAGGUGAGGACAAAGAGGAAAUAGAGAAACUCAUAUCGCAAUUCGGAUUGACCCCUGAACAAGAUGAACUGGCGGAUACGUUAUCUGAUGGGACAAAGAGGAGGCUUUGUAUAGCAAACGCUAUGGUUGGAGGAAGCAACAUUAUUAUCCUUGACGAGCCGACAACCGGCAUGGAUCAUCACAUCAGGAGUAAAGUUUGGAGAAUUCUGCAACGGGCGCAUCGCGAUCGAACAAUACUUAUGACAACACACAACAUGAAUGAAGCGGAUGUUCUUGGCGAUCGUAUCAUUAUUUUAGCAAAUGGAAGGAUAAAAUGCGCUGGGUCACCCCUUUUUCUUAAAAAGACAUUCGAAACGGGAUAUAAUCUCCGAUGUGUAAAAGCCAGCCCUAACACUUUCGUGAACCUAACGGUCGAACAGGUGCAACGUUGCUUGAAAAAUACUCAGGUCCAAAGAACAUCCGAGGGCAGUCAGGAAUUUUCUGUAAGGCUUGGCUUCCCCACCACCGAACAGUUCAUUAACCUUUUCCGGGAGCUCGAAAAAAAAAAGGUCGAACUUGGGAUUGUCAGCUGGGGCGUUACAGUGACAACUAUGGAGGACAUCUUUUUUAAAGCUACAAAAUCGAACGAGAUGGAAAAGAGCUUUUCGAAUCCGUCCGAUGCAUCUAUUUCGCGAUUACCUGUAAUUAUUCGAAGCACCGGAAUUUUGCUCUAUCUGAGGCAGUUUCACGCUCUAUUCCUUAAGCGGGUGCGUGUUAUUCGACGCCAGUGGUUUAUGCUUAUUCAUCUAUUUGUCAUACCUUGCAUCUUUGCGGUAGCCUUUUGUGGGUUAACUCGCUCCUUAUUAGAUCCCGCUGGCAUGAAGGAACCUGCAUUGACCUAUUCCUUUCAAUCGUUUCCGCAACGAGAACGCUCCGAAGGCUUUGUACAACGUUCAAGGCUUGGUCUAACUUAUAAAUCGUAUAUGUUGAAGUUAGUUAUGGAAGAGGAUGACCUGCGAGUACACGUGUUGGAUCAGGACACGAACGUGGAGGACUUUCUGCUAAACAAGGCAAACACCAGUCGUUUCGAUUAUAAGAACCUGUGGAAGAUGGGCGUCACAUUCGAUCACUCGAAGCCGACAGAAGCUAUAUUGUGGAUUAACGCGGAGCCGUUCCACGUUGUCGCUGCGGGAUUGGUCCUCUGGCAGACCGCUGUACUACGUCAACUUUUGCGAAAAUCAGAGUAUGAAACGGCGAUUGUCAAUGUUAGGAAUCAUCCAUUCUCCCAUAUUUUUCUAAAAUAUGCCAAUACUACUUACGAAAUUGAAGUCCGCCACUUGGUACAUCUCUUGAUUCAGCUGGCCGUUUCAUUUUCGGCUUGUACUAUGAUCUUAUUUCCGAUUGAGGAACGCCUGUGCAAGGCAAAACUAUUGCAAAUGAUGACCGGCGUCAGCAGAACUGUUUACCUAGGAGCAUCGUUCACUUUUGAUCUUCUUACAAUUUUGGUUUCGGCGACUGCUAUAUCCUUUGCACUAGCCAUAUGCAAUGCAGCUGAUUCUUUAGCGGAAGAAAUUGAAAUUGGUGCGGCUACGUGCCUUCUACUGUCCACGUACGGCGCCAUGAUGAUCUUGGUUUCGUAUGCCUGUUCGUAUAUGUUUAGUUCACUCGGGGCAGGCUUCGCGAUGCUGCUUUUGGUCACUGCUAUAGGGGGCGGUAUAAUCGUGCCACUUCUGCUUGGGGCAGUCCUUUUUCUAACAGAAACGGCAGAAUAUAUCCCGUUCGCGGUCAACUGUGUUCCACAGAUUGCAGUUCUAAUGGGCCUUUCUAAUUUGCGGUUAAUGGCAAAAUCGAAGAAAUUCUGUGAAAACUUUACACCUACUCAACUUACGCGUUACUGCCAGGGUUCGGAAAAACGUGCCUCGUGUUGCCAGCCGUGCAGUGUCACCGACCCAAGUACAAAGUUUUGCUAUAAACGGGAAGACUUGUUCCAAAUCGAUUUGAAUGCUGGAAUAGGCUUCCAGAUGAUAGUUCUAUUGACCGGCACUGGGCUAGCGUUGGGAUUACUAAUAGCUACGGAAAGUGGCCUGCUUGGCUGUUGCUUCCGCCUACUGACCUGGGUCGUAUCGCCAAUCUCCCAGCAACAUUCCCAGAAUACAGCUGUCGGGCCAUCGCAAGAAGAUACAGAUGUCAUUAUUGAACAACAUCGAGUCGAAAAUGCCAUUGCGACAGGAAAUCAGUCUCGUUACGCCCUUCUAGCGCAAAACCUGACGAAAAUGUUCGGACCUUUGAUGGUAGUCAAUCAAAUAUCGUUUGCUGUAAAGAAGAAGGAAUGUUUCGGCAUUCUUGGAGUUAACGGUUCAGGCAAAAGCACAACACUUAAUAUGAUUACAGGCGAUUUGGAGGUCGACGAUGGAAACGUUUAUGUCAAAAAUUCAAAUUUGCGCACUUCGCUUCGUCUAUACCAAACCUAUAUCGGCUUCUGUCCACAGUCAGAUGUUCUUCUCGAUAAACUCUCGGGCAAAGAGAUGCUCGAGUUGUUCUGUGCUCUUCGAGGUGUACCCCGCAACCAACAGGCCUCACUUAUCGAGCACAUCGUAUCCUUGUUCGAUCUUGAGCCCCAUACCAAUAAAAUGACCUCGACCUACAGCGGUGGUACCAAACGUAAGCUUUCAAUAUGUUUGGCGAUAAUCGGUAACAUGCCCAUGAUUAUUCUCGACGAACCGACGGUUGGAAUUGAUCCAUCGGCGCGUCGAAAAAUUUGGUCGAUGAUAACCGAGACUCAAAAUAGAGGCUCGGCCGUCAUUUUGGCUUCACGCUCAGUGGAUGAAUGCGAAGCUGUUUGUGAUCGCAUGGCUGUUGUGGUUAAUGGAACUUUCCAAUGCCUAGGUUCACUGCAAGAACUCAGAUCUAAGUUCGGCCAAGGAUUUAUGGUGGUAAUCAAACUGAAGUCACUCAGUGAUAACUCCCUCGUUCCUAGAGUGAUUGAAGAGAUGGGAGAGCAUUUUCCCGGUGACUGCGUACUUAAGGAUCGUCAACAGUGUUUGUUGCACUUUCAUAUCAUGAACCGGAAACUUCUUUGGAGUGAACUGUUCGAAAAAGUGCAAAAAGUUAAGAAAGCAUUCGAUUUCGAGGACGUUGUCGUAUCGGAUUCAAGUCUUGAGCAGAUGUUUUUCGCGUUUACAGAGACUAAAGAGGUGGUCAGUGUGUAAUGCAUUGGCUCCUUUAACGCCUACCAUUGAGCCAUAAUAAUAAAACUAAUUUGUUCUUGUUGUUAACACUAUGGAUACUGAGAGAAACAAAUCAUAUAUAUUUUCCAUAAAAGCAUAACAACCUAAUAUAUACAACUACUGAGAAACUUGUGACCAGUGAACGAGUACGUAGAGCUAAUGCAGCUGAAUGUAUUACAGGCAGAAAAUUCAAGGUCUUAAUCACCAAAAAUAACCACAAUAAAUUUCACAAUUUUUGAUGUCUGGAGAAAUUUCCUGAAGGCCAAAGGGAGCCUUUGGGAGAUCUAAUGGGGUGUUGACGUUUUGGAAUUUUGCCUGCUGUCGCAACUGAACCUGUGUAAUCUGUAAAUCACUUGCUCCAGAAUGCUAUGAAAAAAACAGACUCGUGGUACAGCAAUAAAAUUAGCCCGUGCUUCAUUCAUUCUAGAGUGAAUCAUUAUGGCAAUGAGAAAUACCCCACGUGGGCCACAAUCUACGUUCGCGCAACAAACGACGAGUCUAAUGAGAUGUGAGAAAUUUAAUCUUCUUGUAUUGCCAUAUGCUAUUUUGUGAUUAAGGGAAGCCUGACUGGUUAUGUGAACAAAGUACCCCCUCACUGUCAUUGUCGUGGACAUUACCUGCUGACGGACACGGAGUGCAAUAUCGAUAGUCUAAAAUUAAUUGAACACUUGCCCCGUCUUUUGGAAUCCUAUAAGAAGAGUUAAAGGAACCUUGAAUUUCAAGCAUUAUUUCAAGGUUCCUUAUCACCAAAAAAGGGGGCUCAUUCAAUCUAAACAGAGGGGGCUUCCAACAAAGGAGACAAAUCAAUGAAACAGUGCUUCUGCGCUCUUGCACCAUUGAUUGUUGGAGGAAUCACACCGCGAUCAAUGAAACAGUGCUUCUGCGCUCUUGCACCAUUGAUUGUUGGAGGAAUCACACCGCGAUAAUUGGGGUUUCUCAAAGUAUCCCCCCAGAAGUCGAGAAUCUGAUACUUCUGCUCACAAAAGUUGACGUGGGGAACUGCCUCUAACUAAUAUAUUAAUUGCACCCAGUUACUGGACAGUAGAAGAA